UGACAGUUGAUGAUUGACUUUAACCGUAUGCUGAUUGUUGUGUCGUAGGAUUUAAUAAAUAUUUUAAUCAAUCUUAUGUGCUAUGUAUUUCAUGUCUAACAAGUAGCCUAGAAUAGUUUUAAAUCUAUUUACUAGUAAAUGAAAAAGUGACAGUGAAAUCACAUAAUCAUUAGAAAUUGUAAUAACAAAGUUUUACUGCACAAAAUGUUGGAAACAGAUGAAGUUGAUGUCGAUCUUUUCACGCCUGCACCUGGGACUUCAUUGGCUACGAUAUUCAAUGCCAAUCAAAUUGAAACGGACAAGGAUAAUGCUUCAUUAAAAUAUGUUCCACAAACACCUGCACAACCCCCACAGGAAUCAAUAACAGAUAAACCUAAAAGUGGCCCAGUCACAAACUGCAUUUUUGCAACUGCCAUUUCAGGAUAUGAAUGGACUAAUGGAACAUAUAAUCUCCAUGAGAAUUUGGGUUUUGCAAUAAUUAAAUCAGCAACAGAAAGUGUCCAUCAUUUGAUUAUUUAUACCUCUGAUAAACGUACACUUUCCCUUGCAACUAUCACUUCCACAUUUAUUGUCAAUGUAAAGAAAGAUGUCAGUAUAUCAUAUUAUGAUAAUUUUAAUAAAUAUUGGCUCAUCUGUGCUCCAGGUGCAAAAAUAGCAAAUAUUGUGGAAUGCCUUCAAAAAUGUAAUAUUAAUAUAAAGCAUUCUACCGAUGAAAAUGUAGAGGAAGUAUUAAAUGACACAUUAAGUACUAAAAACAAUUUAGGAAGUGAGGGAGACUUAUCAAAUAAAAGUAAAGAUUCUAUCCUGAAAAGGAUGGCUAAUAUGGGCCAAUCAGUAUUGCCCCCACAGAAUAAUAUAACAGUUCAAUCUACAGAUUCAACGGAUGAACAUGAUGAUGGAAACAAUCUUAAUUUUUCAAGACAUAAACUCACAAAAAAUACAGCAAAGCGCUCGACAGAGAAAAGUUUAAAUUUUACAAAAUAUAAUCAUUUGGAGUCAAAUAAACCUUUACCUGCAAAACCAUUAUUUGAAAAUUCCACCAUUAUUUUGCCACUAAAACAAGAACUAGCCCUUAUAAAAAAUGCAGAUUUUAAAGGACCUAGUAACACUCAAUUUUCAGAUUUUAAUUCUUGUGAUAUGCAUAGUUUUGUUUCAGAGCAAAGAAUAAGCAACACAGAAUUGCGUAUAAAUGUUAAUCGAUUAUCUGAUAAAUUGGAGCUAUUGCUAUUAAACAAAGCCACAGAAUUGGAAAAGUUACAAUCUACAUCAAAUCAACCAAUGAAUAUUGUAGAGAAACUUAUUAAGGAAUAUGAAAGUAAAAUUAUGAUUUACGAAAAUUUCAUUAAAUCUAAAGGAUUUGAUUGCAGUUUAAUAUUAGCAGGUCCUAAUGAACCUAAUAUUCUUAAUUUAGAAGAUGUUAAAAGAAGUGAUAAUUUGAAACCUUUAUUCCAAGAAAAAGAUAAGGAAAUUGAAGAACUUCAAAAUAAACUACAAAAAAUAACAGAAUCAUAUGCCACUAUAAUGGAAAACUAUAAAACAUUUGAAAAUGUUCUAUUAAACGAAAUAAAGGAACUAAAAAAAGACAUAAACAACAAAAACAUGCUCAUUAAGAAAAUGGAUACCAAUAUUCAAGUUUUAAUGGAAAAUCAUAACAAGAAUGAUAUGAAUAGUAAAAUAAAGAAAUUAAUGAAUAACACAUAUCAAAUGAUUUCUGUAAAUUUUGAUGACGAUGAUAAUUAUGACGGUGCAACAGUUAAGUCUGUUGUUGGAACAGUUAUAAAAAAUUCUACAUUGGAAUCCUUAAAUGAUAUUGAUAAUUAAUUAAUUAGCAUAUAAUGUACCUGGACUUCCUUUGGAUAUUUGUCAUUAUUACAUGUAUAUUAAAAAAUGCAAUAAAAUAUUACUGUAAUCGUUAAAAUCGAAAUUAGUACUUGCAUUAUUAAUAUUUAUAAUCUAGAAGUAAGUUUUGUUAUUAAAAUAGACUUAACCUGGUAAACAUCUACUUAAUAUUCACUGGACCGAUUCCAAAAAUUAUUACAUCAUACAUACAAACCAUACAGCCAUACAGCAUACAUAGGCUACAACGGGUGAAGCCACGGCGAACACGUAAUUAUCAUAUAAUUAUCUUUUUUUGUCUGGUUUAUCUGCUUGUCCAGCAUUGAACCACUGACCCAAGUAAAACCAAGGAGAUUGCAUUUCUAUGGCUAAUGUAUAUUGUUUUGAUACAUAAGCAGUUUGGGGGGCGUAUUUCUAGUCGGCUCUAAGCGGCGAAAAUUCGCGCUACGCAACUGUAGAAGCCUCGCUAGUAUGGUACAAUAAUUGUAAAAAUAUAUUUUUUUAUAAUAUAUUACUAGUCUAAUUGCGCUUAUGACACUACACUGAAAUCAGGAAAGUAUAAUCCACAAUUCUUCUGUUAAUGUAAUUGCAUUCUAAAUCUAAUCCUAAUUACACUAUCUCUAAUUUAGUCGUCUCAGAACUUAGGAGCGUGUAAUCAAUUUAAAUGUAAAAAGUGUAAUAUUAUUUUUUUUACAAUUUUUUUUAUUAUGACAAGUUAAAAUGGUGUAACUUCUAUCUAUAUGUACAUUAAAACUAGAGAAAAGU